UGCGACAAGCCUGAAACACUCUGACAACUCCCAUCACAUCCAAAUCAUAGUACACGUUGAAACUACUGGCGCUCAUCACUGCUCUUGCUAGCAUGGACGGGGACUAUCCUGAUACAGCCCAUGUGAAUUCCUGAAGCAACCCGUUUUCGCACCAGACCAAUCGCAUGCCUAUAUCCCCAUACUAUUCUCCCAGGUCCCUGACAAAUAUCGUCAUUACGGCCUACUGUACACCCUUCAGCUGUGCAUACAUACAUGGCACAUGGCAUUACCGGCAAUACACAAUCCGGUACUCAUGCAGGGGUGGUUCCAUCUACGCUUCCAGCUAUUGCACCUGUAACAACCAAAAAUCAGGUACGCACGCCGAUAUUACUGCAUGCGGCCAGGAACUAGGCCAUGGGGUUGCCCGCCUGACGUGCGUCUUUUUGUGUCUUGUGCCCAUUUGUGAGAUAGAUUUUGUGUGGUAUAGCAUGAGCGAUGACGUCUGCGGACAACUAGAGCAGAGGUGGCUCAUGGCAUAACAUGGGGUAUCUGCCACCUGUCAGUGGCGCAGCAAAAGGUGUGAAGUCUGUAUCGUACUAUGCAGCGCAUGAACUCCGACGCACCUUGGCCUAGCUCGUGCGACCAAGUGUACAUGCAGGAUCCCAUCUCCAGUAGCAUUUGCACACUCCCACGAGGUAUCU